GUCACAUGACGGGGCCAUCAUGGCGGCAGCCAGAGGCCAACCCGGCUCCCGGAAGCAGGCUUUGAGGGGCGGGAGCGUUGCUGGAACUCGAGCCGGAGCCAGAGCCAGAGCUGGAACUAGAGUGGGGAGGGCGGCCGGGCGGCCUGGAGCCGGACGCGUCCGGAGCGUCCCCGCAGACCGGGGCAGCAGGUCGUCCCUGCGCCCGCCAUGCUGGUGACUGCGUACCUCGCCUUUGUAGUCCUCCUGGCCUCCUGCCUGGGGCUGGAGCUGUCAAGAUGCCGGGCUAAGGCCCCCGGAAGAGUCUGCAGCAAUCCCUCCUUCCUUCAGUUUCAACUGGACUUCUAUCAAGUGUACUUCCUGGCCCUGGCAGCUGACUGGCUUCAGGCUCCCUACCUUUAUAAACUCUAUCAGCAUUACCACUUCUUGGAAGGUCAAAUUGCCAUUUUCUAUGUCUGUGGCCUUGCCUCCACAGUCCUCUUUGGCCUAGUGUCCUCCUCUCUUGUGGAUUGGCUGGGUCGAAAAAAGUCUUGUGUCCUUUUCUCCCUCACUUACUCUCUAUGCUGCCUAACCAAACUUUCUCGGGACUACUUUGUGCUGCUAGUGGGCCGAGCACUUGGUGGACUGUCCACAGCCCUGCUCUUCUCAGCCUUUGAGGCAUGGUAUAUACAUGAGCACGUGGAGCGGCAUGACUUUCCUAGAGAGUGGAUCCCAGCUACCUUUGCCCGAGUUGCUUUCUGGAACCAUGUGCUGGCUGUAGUGGCAGGUGUGGCAGCUGAAGCUGUGGCCAGCUGGAUGGGGCUGGGGCCUGUAGCGCCCUUUCUGGCCGCCAUCCCUCUAUUGGCUCUGGCUGGGACCUUGGCUCUUCGCAACUGGGGAGAAAACUAUGACCGGCAACGUGCCUUCUCAAGGACUUGUGCUGGAGGUCUGCGUUGCCUCUUGUCGGACCGCCGUGUGCUGCUGCUGGGUACCAUACAAGCCCUGUUUGAGAGUGUCAUCUUCAUCUUUAUCUUCCUCUGGACACCAGUGCUGUACCCACAUGGGGCGCCACUGGGCAUCGUCUUCUCCAGCUUCAUGGCAGCCAGCCUGCUUGGCUCUUGCCUGUACCGCAUUGCUACCUCCAAGAGGUACCACCUUCAGCCCAUGCACCUACUCUCCCUUGCUGUCCUCAUUGUUGUCUUCUCCCUCUUCAUGUUGACUUUCUCCACCAGCCCAGGCCAGGAGAGCCCAGUGGAGUCCUUCAUAGCCUUCCUUCUUAUCGAGUUGGCCUGUGGGCUCUACUUUCCCAGCAUGAGCUUUCUGCGGAGAAAGGUGAUCCCUGAGACAGAGCAGGCUGGUGUACUCAACUGGUUCCGAGUACCCCUCCACCUUUUGGCCUGCCUGGGGCUCCUUGUCCUCCAUGACAGUGAUCGUAAAACGGGGACUCGGAACAUGUUCAGCAUCUGCUCUGCUGUCAUGGUGAUGGCACUACUGGCGGUGGUGGGGCUCUUCACAGUGGUAAGGCACGAUGCUGAACUGCGGGUACCCUCACCCACUGGGGAGCCAUAUGCUCCUGAGCUCUAACCCUGUUCCAGGAUCAGGGGGUCGGGAUGGACUCUUGAAUCCUGCCUCUCCAGGACUAUACAGAUCCCUCUGUGACUUGACUUUGUGACUCUCAGCCCCUGAGCCUGACCUGGCUUCCCUCCUGCCAGUGCUUUGGGUUGGGGAGGACAUGGGUAUGAUGGACUGGAAAGAAGGUGCCAAAAGUUGCCUCUCUGUUACUCCCUUUCCCCUUACCACUUUAAAAUAAACUGUUUCAACUGAUCA